UUAUGUAUUACACACCAUAGCUACCUCGUCGAACAUGUAUUUUCACAAGGCUGGCACCUUCUACGCUUUACUCGAAACCGCUUGUCUCCAUCAUCAACCCGUGCAUUCCUCUGUCUUGGCUCAUGGCUUCACUGUGGUCUGGUAGCACCCGAGGACCUU